CUCUUUGCAUAUUCAACAUUUGAAGUCACUCGCAAGCAAAUCCUUUACAACAUGCAGCUCAAGUUCUUCAUUUUAUUGCCGGCUUUGGUAGCUACUCUGGCUGCUGCUCAGCCUGCUCUGCUGCCUUCCGCUCCUGGCUUGUCCACAGCAGCCGCUGCCUUUACAGGUCUACCGGCUCCAUUUGCUGCUCCUUUAGCCAUCUCGAGCAGCCAGCGCUUGGACUACUUUAACCAACUCAAUGCAGCCUUUGCGCCCGCUGCUCGUCUGCUAGCCACUCCUUCAGGCUUGGCUGCUUUUCCCUCUAUCUUUGGGCUUCCACGCUUUGGCCCACUGGCUGCAGGCAAUGCACCUUUUAUCUUUUAAUUUGUAACUCUUCAGCUUAUCAUUAUUCUGGGCCCAAAUAAAUGUGUAUAAUUCCUUCUGAAUUAAUUUCACUUUCCGCAAGGCUUAA